GUCAAAUAGAGCCUUAACUUUUCACGGCCUUCCUGUCUUCGCCUGAAUUUCUCUCUAUAAAUGAAACUAAAUUUAGACAUAUUUUUGAGAGCACCGAUCUUUUGAAGCUUUUGUAAAGAACCAAGAUAACAAAUCACCAGGUUCUUUCAGAAUUAGAACAAUUUUCCUUCUGGGAUUAUUGUUUCAGAAAUAUAUAUUUCUACAGAUUUUCUGCAAACCCUAUAAAAUUAAGAUGGUCUGUUUGGUUUCUCGAACGGGAAGAGAGUUGCAAAGGUACAACAACUUGGGUUGCCGCCAAGUCGUAGGAUGCAUACCUUAUAGAUAUAAAAAGGGCAGUGAUGGUAACAAUAGCAAUGAAUUGGAAAUCCUUGUUAUUAGUUCACAAAAAGGCCAAGCAAUGAUGUUCCCCAAGGGUGGUUGGGAACUUGACGAAUCUGUGGAAGAGGCCGCUUCUCGAGAGUCACUUGAAGAAGCCGGGGUUCGUGGCAAUGUUGAGUGUAAAUUGGGCAAAUGGACUUUCAUUAGCAAACGCUAUGGAAAAUGUUAUGAAGGCCACAUGUUCCCUUUAUUAGUCCAGGAACAACUUGAAUUAUGGCCGGAGAAGAAUGUCCGCCGCAGAAUAUGGAUGUCAGCGGCCGAAGCCAGAGAAGUUUGCAAGCAUUUGUGGAUGAAGGAAGCCUUAGACGUAUUGAUUGAACGGCUUAAAUCUCCACAGCAACAGAAGAAAGAAGAUCUUCUACCAUGUUUUCCAAUUUAGAGAACAUUAAUAAAUAAAUUGUUUUGUACAUAGACAUUUCUCACAGUCAAAUGUUCAUCAUUGAAUCUUCAAAAAACCAGAAGAUCAAACGGCUGUUUAGAGCGCAGAGCUAGGCAGGCAAGGGUUGUAGAGAAAACGAAGUGACAACUGCUUGUAAAUUCAUGGAGUCCUGGUGUUUGUUGCACCUUACUGAAAUGUUGAUUUUCUAUGUAACACUCGUUCAUCAGGAACCAAAUGAAAAUACGAGAAAGGAAAAUAUCACUUACAAG